AAUCCAAAACUGAGCCGGAAAUGCUCCCGGAGAGGAUCGUGGAGGGUGUCCGGAAGGAUUUAUCAUUCCCUAACUUUGGCCAGAUGGAGGAGGAGACUGCGAGGAAGAGGAAGAUGCUCUGGGACACCCAGGCAGGGAAUGACCUGCACACAGAGACCAGGGAAGACAAAUCCCCAUGUCAGAACCUUGGGGAAGAGGCUGUUUUAAGCAGCUCCACAGCACAGGAAGUCACCAAGGAGGAAAAGCCCCCGAGAUCCUCCAUGAGGCGCAGCUUCAAACCCAGCCCAGGGAGCUCUGAGGAGGAAAGACCCAUCCUGUGCCGGGAAGGCAGCCAGAGCUUCAGCCAGAGCUCAGAGCUGGUGAUCCAUGAGCAGCUUCCUGACAGGGAGAAGCCCUACAAGUGCUUGGACUGUGGGAAGAGCUUCAGCUGGAGCUCCCACCUGAUCCGCCACCAGAAGAUCCACACUGGGGAACGUCCCUACACAUGUGGGGAAUGUGGGAAGAGCUUCAGCCAGAGCUCUGACCUGGUGGUCCACCAGCGCCUUCACACAGGGGAACGCCCCUACAAGUGCUUGGAAUGUGGAAAGAACUUCAGCAAGAGGUCCAGCCUCACAUACCACCAGCGCUUCCACACUGGGGAACGGCCACACAUUUGCUUGGAAUGUGGGAAGGGCUUUAUCCAGAGCUCCCACCUCAUCAGCCACCGCCGGCUGCACACUGGGGAACGGCCAUAUAACUGCUUGGAGUGUGGGAAGAGCUUCAACCGCAGCUUCAGCCUUGUCAUCCACCAGCGUGUCCACACUGGGGAACGGCCCUACGAGUGCCAUGAGUGUGGGAAGAGGUUUCAGACCAGCUCCGAUCUCCUCAUGCAUCAGCGGAUGCACGCAGGGGAGAGGCCCUUCCGCUGCUCUGAUUGUAGGAAGGGUUUCAUCCGUAGCUCUGACCUGGUCAAGCACUGGCGCAUCCACACUGGGGAGAGGCCCUACAGGUGCUUGAAGUGUGGGAAGAGCUUCACCCAGAGUUCUGCUUUGACCUCACACCAACGGACCCACUGGUAAGAGAAGCUCUACAAGCGCUCCAGCUGCGGGAAGAGCAUUGGAGGAUCCAUGCUGGGCACUGAGCUGAAGGCAGAGAUCAAGGAGGAGAAAUCCCCCUGGCAGAACAUUGCAGAUGAGGCUGUUUUGAGUCCCUCCACAGCACAGGAAGCCAAUGAGGAAGAGAAGCCCCAGAGAUCCCGCACAAGGAGGGGCUGCAAACCCAGCCCAGGGUGCUCCAAGGAGGAAAGAGACCCCCUGUGCCAGGAAGGUGGCCAGAGCUUCACCUGGAGCUCAGAGCUGGUGAAGAAGCCUCACGUGGGGGAGAAGUCCCACAUAUGCUUGGAAUGUGGGAAGAGCUUUGGCCGGAGCUCCCACCUCCUCCGCCACCAGAUGAUCCACACGGGGGAACGCCCCUUUGAAUGCUUGGAAUGUGGGAAGAGCUUCGGCCGGAGCUCCUGUCUGAUCCGCCAUCAGGUAAUUCACACAGGGGAACGGCCCUACAACUGCAAGGAAUGUGGGAAAAGCUUCAAUGACCGCUCCAACCUCCUCACCCACCAGCGCCUGCACUCCAGGGAACGGCCCUUUGAGUGUUGGGAGUGUGGGAAGAGCUUCAGCACCAGGUCUGACCUGAUUCAGCAUCAGAAGAUCCACAGUGGAGAACGGCCCUAUGAGUGUCCUGAGUGUGCAAAGAGAUUUCGGACCAGCUCCCAUCUCCUUCUGCAUCAGCGCAUUCACACGGAUGAGAGGCCCUUCCGCUGCCCCAACUGUGGGAAGGGCUUCAAACGUAACUCCCACCUCACCCUGCACCGGCGCAUCCACACCAGGGAGAGGCCCUACGAGUGUCCUGAGUGUGGGAAGAGCUUCUCCAGCAGCUCUGGCUUGACCCAACACCAGCACCUGCACACUGGGGAGCAGCCCUAUAAAUGCAGGGAACAUAGGAAGAGCUUCAGCCGGAGUUCCACCUCCUCUCUCUCCCACCAGCUUGUCCACACUGGGGAGCGGCCCUACCAGUGCCCCAGCUGCAGAAAGAGACUCAGCUUCAGAUCCCACCUGGUCUACCACCAGAAGAUCCACAGUGAGGAACAGCCCUACAAGUGUCCUGAGGAGUGGCCCUUCUGCUGCCCUGACUGUGGGAAGGGCUUCAAGCACAACUCCACUCUCAUCACCCACUGGUGCAUCCACACCAGGGAGAGGCCCUACGAGUGUCCUGAGUAUGAGAAGAGCUUCUCCUACAGCUCUGCCUUGAUUUCACCCUAA